UCCCCACCUCUUAUUUCAAAUCAAAACACGUGCGAGUAGCGAACGAAGAACGUGCUGCAGAAUUGAAGAUACAAACAAUUAGAAAAACCCUGUUAAAUUAUGGAAGCUGUGCAGCCAGAGGCUGUGACCGGCGAGAACGUGGCCACCACAGUGGCGGAGACGCAGGCAACAUCAGAGGAAAACGCUGCAACGAUAUCGCUGCCAGCAAUUGUAGCAGCAGAAAAUUCGACAGCGCCAGCCGCUGAAACCCUUUCCAACGAGCAACCGACAGAGAAUCCAAUAGUUGCAACAGUUCUACCUACAGACACAAGCACUACGUCGGCUGAGCCACAAAUAUGUUCUGACUCACAAAAAUUAACCGAAGGCGCAGCGAUAACUGAGGCUGCUGUAGCCAUGGACAUAACUGAUGAAUUAAAAAUAAACUCUACAGCCGAAAAUACUGUAAUCUCAGUUGCUGAUACCAUGACGGGCGAGGCAGACAAUGCAAAAGUAGCAACAGCUGAUUUACAAAAGACUUCAGAGGCCAAGGAGUCAGCACCAGCAGGAGCUAGUGAUGCAAUGUCCAUAGAUGCAGGAGCUGCAACAAAGUCUCUCUCUAUAACGACUGCGAUCUCAGAGGAACAAACAGCAAAUGCAAUUGUGGCAACAGCAAUUGAAGUUCAAGAGAUUACUGUUGUAGAUAGUGAGGAGGAUGUACAACAAGUUGCAAUGGACUGCGAGACGAUACCAACUUCAGCAGCAGCGCCUUCAACGACAGGACUCGGGUUGCUGGCAGCCUACAGCUCCGAUGGGGAUUCCGACGUAGAUGCAGCCGCUACAGCAGAUGUCGAAAACAGCGAUAAAGACGAUGAUGUAGUUGAAGUGCCUGUCUCCAAUGCCACAAGCAGCAACCAUGCCACACACAGGCGUCAAGUGGUCACUGUGGUGAGCUCCGACAGCGACAGCAGUGAUUCAGAUUCCGAAUCGGAGGGCGAAUAUCUCACCGAGUUGCGCAAAAAAAUAGACCGUCGCAUUAACACCGAAGACUGCGACGAGGAGGACGAUGAGCUGGAUGACGAGACGCGGCCUGGUCGCCGCCGUCAGCCGCCAAAAGUGCGUGGCGAAAUGCUGCUCGACGAGCUGCCGCCCAUUGAUCAGCUCGAGAUUACAGUGCCGGAGGAUGAGUGCAUUGAACUGGGCAAAGUGCAAUCGAUAGUGGAUCAAUUGGUGAUUGUGAGUGUGCUGCCCAAUUCCAUGCUAUUCGAUUUGGAUACUGUGCUGUUUUUGGAGAAGGGGCGCAAGGUAUUAGGCCAGGUGUUCGAUGUGCUUGGCCAGGUGGCGGAUCCUUUGUACUGUGUGCGCUUCAAUAGCAAUGCACAGAUCAAGGAGCGUGGCAUCAAUGUUGGCGACGUCGUCUAUUGUGCACCACAAACGGAGCACACACAGUUUGUCAUUCUCUCGAAGGUGAUGCAAAUACGUGGAUCGGAUGCUUCGUGGGAGAAUGAUGUGGAGCCGCCACCCAGAUUCCUUGAUUACUCGGACGAUGAAGCGGAGCGUGAAGCACGUGCCGAGCUGCGCAAGAAACGACAGCGUGAGCGUACGAAUUCCACAGAUUCGGUGGACACAGUGGCCACCGAAGCAUCAUCAGUUGCAUCGACGGCGCCUUCGACGUCAACUUCUCGCCAGCGUGGACGUCGUGCGCAGCGCGAGAGUCGCCAGCCGAGCUAUCAGAAUGGCAACCAACAGCAGCAGCAGCAGCCGAUGUCUCGCUCGCAAUCACGUGACUCCGAAUACAACUAUCAUCCCAGCUACAAUCCGGGCAGUUGGCACUCGAAUUACUAUCACAAUUUCCAUCCGCCGGCUGCGAAUUUCAACAUGAUGCCCGGUGCGUUUCCCAUGCCACAGCAUGGUUAUGGAUAUGGCGUGCCGCCACCACCACCACCGCAUCCGUAUGGCAUGCCACCGCCCAUGACGAUGCCCAUGAUGGGCAUGCCACCGCCACAGCAUAUGUAUCCGCCUCCUCCUCCGCAUCCAGCUUAUGGUCCGCCACCGCCUCAUAAUCCAGGCAGUUAG